UAAUCCGUCAGCGCUCUCCCAUACGAUGUGGCGAAUGGCCAUGUGUCCAACACUGUAAGGCAUUCGCCACAUCGUGUGGGACAGGGUUUAACAAUUUACGAACGCAGCCCAGUGUAGAGGUUUUGUGGUGUACUUGACUUUGACAUUUGUGGAUUUGAUUUGUGCUUAUUUGUAAAUUUAGGUUAUGUGCUGUUGAUUCAAAAAUAUGUUUGAGUUUUGAGUCUCAAGUUUUUUUCUUUGCUGGUUACUGUUAUUUACUGAACUUAGAAUAUGUGUACCUUUAGUCAGAUACGCUGUUGAAAAAAAAUUAUUUGGAAAAAUAGACUAGUGCCACACUGAAAAAUGGAUCAUAUAUUUUCAAUAAGCAAAAAACCAAGCAAAUCAUUGAACCCAUAUAAACAGACGAUUUUUAAUAAAUUAGAGAAGUCUGUACUAUGUUCAGUAUCUAGCACCAAUGUUAUAGCAUUUUGUACAGAAAGCAACAUAGAAGAAUGUAACUCAUUGUUUUGGAGUUCCAACGUCUAUGUUGCAGACUUGAAUACGCCUUGGCAAGUACACAAAAUUCUGGCAAAUUCAUCCCCUGUAACUGUACUACAAUGGGACUACACAGGAGAAUUACUUCUAGUCGGGGAUGAAAGUGGGUCAGCUAAAAUUUAUAAGACAAAAGACUACCUUUGGAAUGAGUGGAGUUUGGUACUUCAAACCAACUUACAGGGUGAACAUAUUCUAGCUGCAGCAUUCUUCCAUUCUGGAAAAAGGAUUUGUCUAAACCUAGAAAAGAAGGAAAACACCUCCUACAUUGAAAAAUUCCAACAUGUGAAGUUUGCAUGCUCAGUAAAACAGUUUGGGGGUAGACCUGCAAGUGGGGCGCUCUUAUUGACAACCACAGGCAUGUUGGCAGCUGUGUUACUGCCACAACCAACUUGCCAAGUACCAAUGAUCAUGACUACUGAGAGCUUGGGACCAUCUAGAAUUUUUGUAAAGACUGCAGAUAUUUGCUAUGGCAAAAGUUGGUAUUUUGGUCACACCAUAUUUUUGGCUAUGCUAAUCAAUAGAAACCUGUUUUGAACAUUAGACAUUAAUCAAAACAUCAGAGCAUUCCAAGAAUAUGCAGAAAAAUGCUUGCUGUUCAAAAAAGCUUAGAAUGAAGUUAUUAAACUUAGCAAAGGUGAUUUAGGAUAGAGUAACUCAUUAAUAAACCUAUUUCAGAUGGUCACUUUUUGCUAGCAGUUAGUAGUGGCGAUCCUUCUAUGCCAAUACAAUGCUACAAAGUUUCAGUCAAAAAGGAAGAUGCGAAAUGUAUCAUAAAGAGUCAAUCUUUACUCAGUUUUUUCUUGGUUGAAGCUCCUAAGGAAGCAUCAAUGGACCAAGUAGUAAAAGAAAAAAAUUGCACAGUUAGUCACAUAAAAUGGAUCAUGAGAGAAGAUGCUGACUCUCUAGUAGUGACUGCUAGCAGUAAGAAAAUGAGUUGCCUUCAGGUUUGGGAAUUAAGGGAGAAAGCUCUGCCUGUACAUAAAGCAUUUGCUUCUGAUACUCCUCAGUUCUUCAAUACUGUUCUCUGGCAAUAUCAAUGUCAUUUUCAAUAUAACAGUCAAGUAACCUCUUUAGCAACAAAUAAGUUGAGUUUGUUGAAUACUCUCUCUAGUGGCUAUGUUGUGGUGACUUUUGCAGACAAUUCAAUCCACUGUUUAUUCCGUGAUACUUUAAAACCUAUUGUGUAUACCACACUCUCUACGAUGCCAAGGUAUGUAGAUGAACCAAAUGCAAAGUAUCAAAAAAUAAGCACUACAAUAUCUAGCAUUGACAUGUCCUGGUUGGGAAAUGUACUGGUUUGUGUAGAUUCUGAUGACAGUCUUCAUUUGUUUAAGCUUCCACCUCAAAUGGAUAGUACAAGUCCCCUGAGUGUCCCAUACUGUACCACAAUUUUGGAAUAUUCUCUUAUAAGUGGUUUUGACUGGUUGGACUUACUUCUAGUUUUAAGGCCAAACAUGCUUGACCCUAUCUGUGAUAGAUUUACUGAGAGUUUCAACAGACAACCACCUGCUGUACAGCAGUUUUACUAUUUUCAGUUUUUGUGUAUAAAGACCUCACUUCAUAGAUUGGGUUUCCAAGGACAGCAAAGAGCAAAUGAUUUGACGCAUUUCAUGAUGCUACAUAGUAUUUCUACAGCUUUCAAAAGUUUGUUGAGGCCCAGCGAAAUGAAUAGUCACGAAAAAAGUCCGGCUGAUUCUUUAGCAAAUGUGAUCUCUGAAGGCCAAUGCGACGUUGACAAAGCUCUGAUGCACUUGGAGGCGAAAGAAUUUACUGUAGAAACGGCAACGUUGCAAAGUCUGCAACAGUUGAUUCAGUGGGUUGCCGAUCUAGCUCUGGAGCUGCUGGCCAGGCUACCAGAUGCCCCUAGGGCCCCAUCAGGCGCAGGAGCUAGUGCUACCACUGCGUCAAAGACCUACGAUUUGCUUAGGGAUGUCAAGGCUUUGAAUAUGCUACGUGAGAUGCUGGUGCUCAUCAGGAUUUGGGGGCUUUUAAGGCCAGCAUGCUUACCUGUGUUCAUAAAAUCAGAUGCAAGUCUUGAUGUUUUACCUCUGAUAUUCAGGUUAUUAAGUAGAUUGGUGCAAAAUGUGAGUGAGCCAGAUGAUGCACUUAUUGAUGAGUGCUGUUUACUACCAAGUCAAGUUCAAAUACAAUUUCUGCAGCCAGCUACAAACAGAGUAGUUCUUGGUUCUCCUCAGCUGUUUCAGCAAAUUUUGCCUCUACAGCUGGAAUUCAACAUCGAACCCGAAUGCCUGACCACGUCCUCUCCACAAGCCGAUCAACCUCCUGGCAGCGUAGGCUCGUACACCACCGGCGGUACCGGCAUCGCAGGCUACGGCCUGGGGGCAGGCACCGCCGGGAGCGGUUGUUGGGCAGGCGGUGGAGGCGGGCAAGUAGUGCAGACGGUGGAUCAAAUCAGACAUUUGUACCUGGGCAGGACACCAAGGGCGGUCAAGACGUGCACCAGGUGCGGAGGGGCAGCGGGAGCGGGCAGUACGGGCGCCAGGGCUACGGCGGCCAUAAAAGCAUGGGACAUGCGAUGGGCGAGGAGGUGUCAGUGUGGGGGAUUGUGGAAACUACAUGUGUCAUCAUAGGUAUAGAUAUUUAUGCAAAAACCAGAAUGAUAAUUAUAUUUAGAUGUAUAGGUAGAUAACUAGCCAUGAGUUGAUUCUGAUAAUUAGUUUCCAAUUCAUAAAGUGACUUGUGAGGAAAAAACAGUAACUUCAAAUUAGAGUUUCGCAGUAACAUAAAAUGUUUGACAAAAGAGGGCCAUCAGCCGAAUACAGUUGUUAAGAGAAUGAUUGCCACUGUCCUGAGACAAAAACAAUAUCCAAGCAGUGGAUUUACGAAAGGUCUCCACCUCCAAAAAGUCACGGACGCAACACUCUGCUGGAAAAUUGAUAGCAACAUUUUUUUAGGAUAUCAGGUGUUUCAUUCUCAUUGAGUACAUUCCAAUAACAAUAAAUGCGGAAGUCUAUGCGAACACUCUUUACGUCAAAAAUUAGACCAAUUGUGUUGGAAUGUAGCUUCGUUGAGAUAGAUCAUUCUCAGUCAGGACUUGGUUAUCCGACCUUUAUCUCUUUAACUUACCAAAGAAAAACUCUCAAAGAUGCCGUUUUGACUCAGAUGAUGGCCUAAAACAUCCGUCGAUGACCUUUUGAUAGUCAAAAGGAAACAUUUUUCAGUAAGGAUCAUUGGAGGAAAAGUAGUGCAAGUGCAUUGAUGUAUAUAUUGAAAACUAAAAUUAUCAAAUAAAUCUUACGUCUUUUGUUUCAUGGCUAGGUAGAUUUAUUUUAUAGUACCACUCUUAUAUAUGUUCUACCAUUAAUAUGUGAGUGCUUUGUACAAGUAUUUUUAUAAUUAUAAUUAUAUUGAUCGUACGAUUAUAGCAUUUUUAUUUCUUUAUCCCUAAUAUCCAAUAUUUCUUUAUACUUCAUGACAAUGUUCAACUAUAUGUCAUUAUUAUCAUCUCCCUUUUCUACUAGAUUAACUAAUUUCCUCAUGAUGCACUUCAUAGAUUCGAAGGCUAUCUCUCCAUGGGUUUUAGCCAUCACAGAUUUGCAUUCCUCUAUAACUUUCAAGUCAUUCAUGGUAUAAUACCUUGAUAAGAAAUCUUUGAGAUGGUCAAACUGCAUCUUGCCAUUCGAUGCUUGAAAGCCUUGCUUCUUGAAGCUACAUGUCAGAAAGUCCUUGUACUUAUCAUCUUGAGUGGGGUUCAAAGGCGACUGGAUCGACUUCGUUAUAGACUGAAU